AAUUCCGCCUGUCCUAAAUUUGUUCUCUCUCUCCCUGGUCCAGAUUAGGGUUUUUGCCGGAAUUUUGCCCUCGCUCCUUUCCCUCCGUUUUGCUUCUUGCUGUGGCCUUAUGGAGCUAAGGCUGGGGUGUGUUUGGAUAGGGAAGAACACUCUCGUUAUCCGGAAAAACCCUCAGUCAACCGUCAGCAGCAUUUCCAAGGGGGCUGUGACCUUUACAACCGUCUGAAUUUGCUCCCAUUUCGCUCGUCCCUGAGCAGCUCCUGCCUUUACUCGCAGCGCCGGCAACUCAUUUCUGUGCGUGUCCCGUGGUGGCAGCCCUCACAACACCCGUGUGCUGCUUUGUCACCACGCCUUGGCACAGCUUCUCGUGGCUGAAGACUGCCUCAGGUACUGAGAGCUCACAGCAGUGGCAUCCCAGCACUGUUUUGGACUCUUUGCUAUGAUAAUCUGGGAAAAGAGCAAGGCGCCCCGCCUGGGUUCGUCACGUGCAACGUUUCCCUGGGUCUUUGCGUAUGUUAAAUGAGUUAGACGGCAUGUGGUGCUUUGUCAGUUAGUCACUCAUACGCUCGCCUCUUGUUGAAGUAGAAGCCUUGGUUCAGAUCUCGUCUCUACGUUUCUUUUUAGGGAGAUCUCAGCGGGUAAGGUGAUGGAGACCCCAGAAAAGCGCAGUUAAUACGUGGGAGGUACCAAAGAUCCCAUCCGAAACCAGAGGCUGUUGCUGGAUCUCACCUACUGAGCGCAGGCUGUAGCAAACAGGCGAGAGAAAACGUAGCUCCUGCGUGCUCCAGGGAUUUAAAAAGACUCACCCGUGUGCCUCAGAAUGGAUGCAGUAGAAAAGAAAGUCCGUACGUUUGUGCGAGUCAAACCAACGGCCGAUUUAGCGCAGGAUAUGAUCAAGUUUGGGCCAGACAACAAGAGCAUAGAUAUAUACAUCAAAAAAGACGCCAGGAAAGGAGUUGUGAAUAACAGACAGACUGACUGGUCCUUCAGACUGGACGGGGUCCUUCACAACACCUCCCAGGAGCUGGCGUAUGAGACCGUAGCCAAGAAAUUGGUGUCUGAUGCCCUGGUUGGCUAUAAUGGCACGAUAAUGUGCUAUGGGCAAACAGGGGCCGGUAAAACGUACACGAUGACGGGAGCAACUGCCGAGUACAAGCAUCGAGGAAUCAUACCCCGAGCUAUACAGCAGGUCUUCAAAGCGAUUGCGCGCUCCGUUGAUUCCUUCAUCACCGUCCGGAUCUCCUACCUGGAGAUCUACAACGAGACCUUGUUCGACCUGCUGUCCACCACGACAAGCAGUGGGACCGGAGACGUGCAGAUGGCUGUAGUGGACUGCCCACGGGGUGUUUACGUGAAGGGCUUAUCUGUACAUUCUGUCAGCCACGAGGAGGAUGCUCUCAAUCUCCUUUUUGAGGGUGAGACCAACAGAGUAAUAGCAGAACACUCACUGAAUAAAAAUUCAUCCAGAUCCCAUUGCAUCUUUACUAUCUACAUUGAGUCUCGUUGCAGAGUUUUCUCAGACGUCAGAUGCAUUAAUUCUAAGAUCAACCUAAUAGAUCUGGCAGGCUCAGAGAGACUGAGCAAGACCGGAUCUGAAGGGCAGGUUCUGAAGGAAGCCACGUACAUUAACAAGUCUCUGUCGUUCCUCGAGCAAAUCGUCAUCGCCCUGGCUGAUCCGAAGAGGGACCACAUCCCCUUCCGACAGAGCAAGCUCACUCACGUCCUCAAGGACUCGCUGGGGGGAAAAUGCAAUACUGUCCUAGUGGCAAAUAUCUGCGGGGAAGCUUUGCACGUAGAAGAGACUUUGUCUUCUCUUCGUUUUGCUACCAGAAUGAAAUGGAUCACAACAGAGCCAGUCAUCAAUGUGACAUGUGACCCAGAGGAGACAGUGAGGGCUUUGGAGAAGGAGAUUAUUCUUCUGAAGCAAGAACUGGCUAUGCACAACAACCUGGUAAAUCGAUCUUUGGUGACUUACGACCCUCUGACUGAUGUCCAGAUAGCAGAGAUUAAGUCUCAGAUCCACAAAUACCUACAAGGAGCCAUUGAUGAAAUUGAUAUAAUGAAUAUCAGGCAAGUCCAGGAGGUAUUUAAGCAGUUCAAGCUGAUUGUAAGGCAACAGGAACAUGAAGUGGAAGCCAGAUUACGAAGCAAGUAUGCUCUAAUAGACAAAAAUGACUUUGCUGCUAUUGCUGCUGCUCAGAAGGCAGGAGUGGUCGAUGUGGAUCGCCAUUUGAUGGGGAAAAAGGACGGACAGGAAUUUGGGACUAGAACGACUCCUGUUUCACCCAAACCUGAUGGGAAGAAGAAGAAAUCCAGGAAGAGCAGCGAGCAGUCCAAGAAGGAAGGAACUAGGAGCCACCUUUCUGGGAGAGAGCUGGGUGCUCCUUUACCAUCCAAAAGUCAGGUAACGAUUCCCACCAGGGAUUUGGACGUGAAGGAGAGAGCAAGGAGCGAGGAUACAGCAAAUACUGAUGUGCAGCCCUCGAAGCCAGCCUCUGCGGAAGGUUCCCAGCGGCCCAGCUCCCCUCCGUCGAAGCCGGUGGCGUUUGAGCAAUUCAAGGAGGAGUGUGGAAGUGAGAUCAACCGGAUCUUUAAGGAGAACAAAAGCAUCCUCCUUGCCAGGAAGAAGAGAAGCAGUACGGUGGCCCGGAGGAUCAACUUCAUCAAGCAGGAGAUGGAGGACAUCAAAAAGGCUCUGGAGGCCCAGAGGCAGGAGCGGUGGCAGCAGGGGGAGUACGUCGAUGAGAAAGGACACCUCAUAAUUGACGAGAAGGAGUUUUUACUCGUCAUGAAGAUGAAGGACCUGAAGGAGGAGUACAGGUCGGCUUACGCUGAGCUGCAGGACCUGAAGGCAGAGAUCCAGUACUGCCAGCACCUGGUGGACCAGUGUCGGAACAAACUCAUCGCAGAGUUUGAGAUCUGGUACAGUGAGUCCUUCCUCAUCCCCACCUACGUGCAGAAAGCUCUGAAGCCCGGUGGCAACAUCAGGCCUGGAAUGAUUCCCAUCAACAGAGUUACGUGCCUGGAGGAAGACGAGCAGGACAGAUUUGAGCGGAUGCAGGAGACGACGCUGCCAGCCGGCCCGGAGUCAGCCUCGUUCUACAAGGCGAAAAUGAGGAGCGAUCGGAAGCACACGUACGCUAGAACCAUGUCGUCCCUUGGGCAAAUGCGCAAGAAGCCCGGGCACAUCACAGCUGCCGGGAGUAAAGCCCCGUCGUCUCUGCACCUCACGUAGCAGGCUCGGCCUCGGGCGUUCAACACGAAGGGGACAAGCAACGUCAGCUCAGAAAGCACCCCGCGUUCCUCUCCACAACAGGUUCCUCAAAAAUAAACAGUCGGAAAUUAAAACAAACAGCUUGCUUUUGUGCAGCUAGACUGACGGCUAUCGGUGAGCAGGCCCGUCGCGCAGACAGGAAGCAAGGCAGGGCGUUCAAACAGUCUCUGCACGACGCGGUGUCAUGGCAGAGAGGUGUUACAACACCUUGCACUGCCUCUGCCCUCUCUCCCCGAGGCGAGGGCCUCCCAGGCUUGCCCUCACCUUGGCGGCUGUGAGCGUCAAGUCGCACCUUUGCUGCUUUGAUGCUCCCAGGACGGAUCCUGACCGAACUGGGGCAGAGCCCUUGGGCUGAAGCAAGCCCGGGGCACUUCCCCCUGCAGGCUGUGCUGGAGGGAGAGGGACCCCGAGGGGCGCAGGCGGUGCAGCAGCAGAGAAGCGUUGCCACCGGUUGAUGAGCAUUAGCCGUGGCAUUAUUGAUUUAGGGCAGCCUCCGCUCCCAGUCCUCGGUGCGGCAGGAGAAUAGGGCAGCGGUUGCCCGGUGCUUUCCGGGAAGGUAAUUCCGCUCCAGGGUGAGAUCACGGUGCCCAGCAACUGGAAAGCUCCGGAGGAUAUCGUGCUGCUGUCGCCUUCACGUGCGGAGCAGGGCGUGCUGAGGGCCUGGGCCUCCUGCUUGCAGCACCUCCAGGGACCCCGCGUGCGCUCUCGGCACCGCUCGCAGCAGCAGAGCAUUUACAGCCCGACUCCGUCACAGCACAAGGACCUGGCAAAGGGAGAACCCCCCCCUCCCAGCUGAACGAACUGUGGGCUCCGGGUGCCCUACUCACCCAGGACAGUGGAAAAUGCAAGAGGUUGACUCCAGCACCCAGCCCCUCUACAUGUGCCAGGGAAAUCUGCGUACAAAACAUCCCGCCGGGAGAGUCCCAUCUCCUGCUGCUGCUGCGAGCUGUUAGCGACCGCAUCGGUGGUGCUGGGACAGAGCAAAAAUUAAUUUAACGCUGCUCAGGCCACCAGUGACAGCGGCAGCAGCACUUUUUCAAGCCUAACUCACCAUCAGCGUUGGCUCCUCUCUGCCCGUGCCACGGCUGUGGACGUGGGUCCCUAUUUCUGCGGGCAGGGAUGUGCUGGCAGGCGGCGAGAGUGGCUUAAAGGAGCGCUGGGGUGCAGCUCCUCGGGGUUUCUGCUGCUUUGGACAAGGAAUAAAACUCGGUCAGCUGCGAUUUUGUGUCUGCUUCUGCUGGCUUUGAGUGAUGCUGCUGGGGGUCCUGCGGCUGAGCAGCACCUCCAUCCUGCGCAGAACCGAGGAUGGGAUGGAAUCCUCUCCUCCCCAGCCAGCUCCGGCCUCGUGUGGGUGACCCGGACCUGGAACAGCCCCGCUUUGGUGGGAUGAGAUAACGCGUGCCCGGCCCUGCCUGUAGGAGCUGGAACCGUUCCUCCUCCACCAGCACCUUCGCGGGGAAAAGCCCCCCGAGCCGGCCCCAGCCCUUGCGGGAGCAUCCCCGAGGUUCGCUCCGGGGGUUUGCCUCACGCCGCCCCCGUUCAUGUGAAACGUUGGGGAAAAUUAAUUAGUCCAAGCUGUCGGGUUCGCUGUAAUUCGUUGCAGAUCGCCCUGUUGCUGUAACAUCGCCUGCUCUGCCCAAGCGUCAGCGACGACAGCGUACAAACCAGCCUUUUUGUUGUAAUGAUCCAUUUCCGAAGGCUUACAAAGGGGCUGGAAAUCCAACCAGGGCUGCAUUUCCCGAGGAAACGCUGCCAGGUGAACUGAUCUCGGCCUUGCCUUGACGUUUUCCUCCAUCUCCCCAUCCUCGGUCUUCCUCUUGUGGGACCCCCGGCUGCCCACGGACACCACCCCCACCGUUCCCAGCACCAAACUGGGAGGGUUUGGCCGCAGGGAGUGGGGCCGCUUGGUGCCACCGCCCUGUCCCUGCAGGCCCCCGUGCCGCUGCUGCUCACCCCGUGGCCCCAAAUCUGGGAGAAAAAAUAAAUAAAGAAAGA